AUGUGUGGAAUCAUCGCUCUGAUCCUGGCGAACCCUUCCGCCGCCGCCGCGGUGGACCUCCACGAAGCCCUGUACCUCCUGCAACGAUGCAGCCGGUAUCGCGACCUGUGCGUCCGGGGCCGAAUCUACCAGCUCAAGGCCAACGGCAUGGCCGCCAAGGUCUUCCAGGACGGUGCUAAGAUCGCCAACCUGCCCGGCUCAAUGGGUAUCGCUCACUUGAGAUACCCGACUGCUGGCAGUAGUGCCAAUGCUGAGGCUCAGCCGUUCUACGUGAACAGCCCCUACGGUAUCACCUUUGCUCACAACGGUAACCUCAUCAAUGCGCCGGAGCUGAAGAAAUACCUGGACCUCGAGGCGCAUCGGCACAUCAACACUGAUAGUGACAGUGAGCUCAUGCUGAACAUCUUUGCCGAUGAGCUGAGCGAGACAAAGAAGGCCCGGGUGAACAAAGAGGAUCUUUUUGCCAGCUUGAGCCGUAUGUACAAGCGUUGUGAGGGUGGCUGGGCAUGCACUGCCCUGCUGGCUGGCUUCGGUGUGUUGGGUUUCCGUGACUCCUACGGUAUCCGCCCGCUGGUUCUUGGCUCCCGUCCCUCUUUGGAUGGUCUUGGAAUGGACUACAUGAUGGCAUCUGAGUCGGUUGCCCUGGAUCAGCUUGGUUUCUCCAACCACCGUGACAUCCAGCCCGGUGAGGCUGUCAUUAUCCAGAAGGGUUGCGAGCCGGUCUUCCAGCAGGUGGCACCCAAGAAGGACUACGCUCCAGAUAUAUUUGAGUUUGUCUACUUUGCCCGCCCUGACUCCGUCAUCGAUGGCAUUAGUGUGUAUCGCAGUCGUCAGCGCAUGGGUGAUCGUCUCGGUGCCCGUAUCCUUGAGGUCCUUGGCCCCGAUGUCGUCAAGGACAUUGACGUGGUUAUUCCCAUUCCUGAGACCUCCACCACCUCUGCCACUCACGUUGCUCAGUACUUAAACAAGCCUUACUGCCACGGCUUCGUCAAGAACCGUUAUGUGUUCCGAACCUUUAUUAUGCCUGAGCAGAAGACCCGCCAAAAGGGUGUCCGCCGCAAGUUGAACGCCAUGAAGGCCGAAUUCAAGGACCGCAAUGUCUUGCUUGUCGAUGACUCGAUCGUGCGUGGCACCACCAGUCGUGAGAUUGUCAGCAUGGCGCGGGAAGCCGGCGCCAAGAAGGUGUACCUGGCCAGCUGUGCUCCCGAGAUCACCCACGCCCACAUCUAUGGUAUCGACCUUGCCUCUCCCAAAGAGCUGGUCGCUCAUAACCGUGACGCCAGCGCGAUUGCCAAGCACAUUGGCGCCGAGAGCGUUGUUUUCCAGACCCUGGACGACCUCAAGGGAUCCUGCGCUGAGAUCGCACGGGAGAACGGCCUGACCGAGCCCGUCAACUUUGAGGUCGGUGUCUUCUGCGGUAGCUACGUCACCCCCGUCAGCCAAGGCUACUUCGACCACCUGGAACAGGUCCGCGGCGAAGGCCGUAAGAUCAAGGCUUUGGACAAGGCCAAGGAAGCUGUUGCCAAUGGCGUCGCCAGCAUGACCGACUUCGAGAUUGCCGCUAACGGUGUCGCGAUGGACACAAACGGCCAGAUCAUCCCUGCUUCCCACACUGUGCGGAAGACUGAGUACACAUCCGAGAAGGAGGAUCACCCCAAGGUCGAUGACCGCAUGGACAUCAGCAUCCACAACAUUGCUGACCACCAUGAAUGA